AUGUCCCCUCAGCUGCUGUUGAACCUGCUCGAACGGACGAAACGACCGAGAAGCAUAUAAUCGGCCGCAGUCACGCUUAGUUUGUUGUUGUUGCUGAUCGGUCUGGUGGUGGCGAACAAAACGAUGGACACGCGAGAAGGCGAAGAUGUGACGCUAAAAUGCCGAUUCAACGAACAUUACUCAGACCGAGAGUACUCGUACUACUGGGCUCAGCAGUCACCAAACAAAUACGACAACGUUGCGAUUAAAGGAGACACUUUCAACCCGAACUAUAAAAUCGACUACCGACCAAACCAGGGCAUCUACGAUCUGCAGAUCUUCAACGUGUCGUACGCCCGCGACAAUGGACGCUUCGAGUGCCGCAUCAAGCAGAUCGGCAGCGACAAUGCGAUCUACGAAGAUUACUACAACUUGACGGUACUUACACCGCCCCAACCGCCGUUGAUCUUUCCCGGCAGCGAAACUACCGCCACGGAGGACAAGAAACAGGAGUUGACCUGUAGCAGCGUGGGUGGCUCACCGGAUCCAACAAUUUCAUGGUACCGUGAAGGAAGUACGACGCCGUUGGCGGCCAAUCUGAUCUACGGAGGAUCGCGUGACAUGCAGACGACCAGCACAUUGACCAUUAUCCCACGUCGGGAGGAUGACGGCGCGAAGUUUACGUGCGUCGUGUGGAACCGAGCUAUGCCGGAAAGCCAGCGUUUGGAGACGGUUACGACACUGUCGGUGAAUUAUUAUCCGCGGGUGGAAAUUGGUCCCGAAAACCCAUUGAGCGUGGAACGUGAUCAGACGGCGAAGCUGGAGUGUAACAUUGACGCCAAACCAAAACCGGAGCAGGUGAAGUGGACGCGCAACGGACGGUUCAUUUCUUCACACCCGACGCACACGAUCCACCGGGUGUCGCUGCAGGACGCCGGUCGCUACACCUGCUCGGCUGAUAACGGAUUGGGCAAGGUGGGCGAACAGGAAAUCACACUGAACGUUCUCUACCCGCCGAUUGUGCAAAUCGAAACGAAAGCCAAGACGGCCGAAGAGAAGGAAACGGUUCAUAUUAAGUGCAACGUGACGGCCAACCCACCGCCGGUGACCAUCGAGUGGCUGAAGGAGGGCGAUAUUGAUUUCCGGCGCAGUGGCGAUACGCUGGUGUUGCGUGAUGUGCGAGCGGAAGACGCAGGCACGUACGUUUGUCGCGGUAUUAACAUGAUGAAGCCGUACGGUGGCAAGACGCUGGAGCGUGAAGGUAACGCCUCUGUAGCGUUGCUGGUGCGCCAUCGCCCCGGGCAGGCUGUAAUCACUCCGGAAAAACCGGUCGUACACGUUGGCAACAGCGUUAGCUUGAUGUGCAAGGCAGAUCCCCCGGGCUAUCCGGAUCCGCAGUACCGUUGGUACCGGGAUGUGGGCGGUGAGAUUUCGACCACCGUGAUCGCCCAAGGCGCCCAGUAUCUGAUACCGAAGGCGGGGCUUUCGAACGAAGGGAAAUACCACUGUCACGCCAGCAACGAGCUGGGUAACGGUGGCAUGGCCAGUGCUGUCCUGGAGAUCCACCAGCCGCCGCAAUUUUUGGCUAAACUGCAGUCCAACAUGAUCAAGCGAGCCGGCGAGGUGGACUUUUUCGUUACGUGUAGUGCGAAGGGAAAACCGGAACCGUCAAUUACGUGGCUGAAGGAUGACGUGGAAAUUACGCCGGAAUUGCACCGGUACGAGGUGAAAACGAACGUCGACAAGGGACCGAACGGGAUGGUGACGGUGCAGAGUAUGCUGAAGUUCACGGGUAAGGCGCGGCCCAAUGGAAACGAUCUGAUUUCGACCGAUCGCGGCCAGUACACGUGCCUGUACGAGAAUGAGGUUAAUAAGGCAAACUCGACGAUGCAUCUGAAGAUCGAACACGAGCCAAUUGUGCUGCAUCAGUACAACAAAGUGGCUAAUGACAUCAAGGAGACGGCGGAAGUGCUCUGUAAGGUGCAGUCGUAUCCAAAGCCCGAGUUUCUGUGGCACUUUGGGACGACACUGCUGAGCACGGGCGGGCACUACGAAAUUUUGACCACCUCGGAUGGUAAUGACGUGUACACGAGCAUUCUGAAGAUCAGCAAUGUGCGCCACCAGGAUUACGGCGAAUAUCACUGCCGUGUGUCGAAUUCGCUGAACAACAUCCAGGUGCCGAUACGGCUGCAACCGAAGGGACCACCGGAGAAACCGACGAAACUGAAGGCGGUUGAGCUGGGUUCAAACUACGUCGUCCUUUCGUGGAACCCUGGGUUCGAUGGUGGACUCGCGAACACGAAAUACUUCGUAUCGUAUCGCAAAAUAGUGAUCCCGAACGAGAGCCUCAUGACGGAGGAGUGUGCUGCCGUAGCGGCCAGCGGUGCCGAAUGGAUGGAGUUCGAUUGCCAGCGUGAGGUGCCGUGCACGAUCAAUCCACUCGAUCACCAUCAGAGCUACGUGUUUAAGGUGAAGGCGCUCAACACGAAGGGUGUGUCGGAGCAUUCGAACGAAAUUACGACCACGACGAAGGUAGAGAAGAUUCCCAUCCCACUGAUGGCCAAUUUCGAUCCGGAAACGAAGAUUCUGGGUCUGAAUAUCGGAGCCACCUGUCUGUCGAUGGUGGCGAUCGUCGAAUCGGUCAUGUACGGUGACACACCGAUGGCGGCCUGGAUCAUCAUCGAGAAGGUGGAGUUGCAGGUGAACGGUCAUGAUCCGACGUACCGCGAGCACGAGAUAAAGAAUUUCGUAGCAAGCCGGCGCAACAACGGACGCUCGUUGGGUAACACACUGGACGACAUUCCGAUGCCGAUCGAGGACGAGUUGAAUCCGCGAGUACGCGUCAAGCUGUGUCUGAAGAUCAAUCACGAGUAUUGCGGCGAAUAUUUGGAAGCUGACAUAGGUCAAUCACUCAUUCAGGAAGCAUCGAUCGUUGAGCUGCCGACACUGAUAGCAAUCACGGUGUCGUGCAUCGUUGCGGGAUUGUUUGCCGUGCUGGUCGUCAUGUUCUGUCGUUGCAAACGCACCCAAAUGAAGGAAUCGGUGAAAUCAAAGGAGUACGAUAUCGAUUCCAUCCACCCGUCGAUUGUGGCCCAGCAAAACCAAGCCCCACCGCCGUACUAUUCUGCAAGCAGCCUGGAAAACAAGGCACUGGAGCAUUCGAUGGAUUUGGCCAUGGAUCAGAACACGGCGCUGUACGCGAGCCAACAGCCAACCUACGGGUACCAUCAGCAGAAUGCGAUGAUUCCGCAAGUCCCGCAAAAUGAUUGGUCGAACAUGGGCUACGUGGAGAAUUCGUACUCAAAUUCCAAUAAUGGUGGCAGCGUCAACUCGCAGGAUUCCAUCUGGCAGCUGAAAAUGUCGGCCGCUGCCUCGAACUCCGCCAACAUGAUUCCCCAGCACAACUACAUGGAGCAGCAGAUGCAGCAGAACUACGGCUAUGACCCGAUGACCCACGGUGGAUACGGUGCCGUCGACGAUUACGCUCCCUACCCGCAUCUCAUGGCCACGGCAAGCCAGCACGGUGGCGACGACUACCAUCACAACAUGCGCAACAGCCAGAACCCAUCGCGCCAGGACUAUUGUAGCGAUCCGUACGCGUCCGUUCACAAACCGAAGAAACGCAUGGAUCAACAUAUGGACUUCGUUGCCGAAUCACCGUACCAUGAUGUUAGCGGACUACCGGAUCCGUACAUGGAGCAGGACGAAGCAAAGUCUCCGGUGCAGAACCAGCACCUCUCGAUGAGCUACGAUGAUGCGCUGGCCAUGGAAAGCGGUUACUCGACGCCGAACUCCCGCAAUCGUCGUGUCAUUCACGAGAUAGUGGUGUAGGCAGCACAACCCGAGCCAAGCAACGAGGCAUUGUGCAACGCUGCAACACGAACUAUUACUACUCAAUCGACAACGAAUCACAUGC